AUGGCACAGCCUUCGUGUUGUGGCUGCUUUGACAACGACACCUCGGCGGAUUGCGCAGAUCGAACCUGCCCUGGACAGCCUUCUUACCCAGACCCGACAGCUAGACGCGGUCUACUUAUUCGUGCCGCAGGUCUUCGAACGCGAGAACACGACGUACAAGAUUCCUCGAUGGCUAACAUCGAAACUGUCCGAGCCACGUUUGCGAUUGGUGCGCUGCAAGGACUGGGGACCUGCAACCCACAUGAUGGAAGUGCUCCAAGUCGAGCGAGAUCCGGAGACCGUCAUCCUUCAGGUGGACGACGAUCAGAGCUACGGACCGCGGCUGCUGGAGAUGCUGCUACACGUGUCUGGCCCGGCACCCGGCCGAGCUGUUGGCGCCGCCACACAGCACGCGCAUCUGCACCUCAGCGGCGUCGUCUUGGAAGGCAAUCUCCAGUGGGAUGUCACUUCAUUUCAGAUGCAGCUGCUGUGAAGUCCUCUCAAUGA